CAGCGGCACAUCGACAGAACACAUAAAAGUCUCGCUCCCAUCCAUGGCCCCGAACUAAACGCCCAGUCUGAACUACACGCCGCGGCACGCGCGGCAGCGCAGCGCAUCCCCGUCUUCUCCUUGUCGUCUAAGCCAGCGAGGGGCGGACGCCGUCGCCGUCGCCGCCGCGCUCUCCUCCUCCGCCUCCUCUGCUGCUGCUGCUCUUCCUCGAGCUGUCCUCCGCACUGCAAGGAGAUAGAGGGGAGGGGCGGGGCAUCUUCUGACAUCAGUAAUGGCGGACCGGGAUAGCGACAGUGAUGACAAUGUUAAGUUUGACUGGGAAAGUGAUGGUGAGGCUGAGCCUUCAUCAGCUCCGGCUUUCAGGAACUCGGAUGCUCCUGGCCCAUCCACGCUGGCCAACGAGGAAGCGCCGUCUACUGCUUUAAUUGAGGAAUAUGUAGCAAUGGGUUUCCCAAAAGAGAUAGUCGUGAAGGGCAUGAAGGAGAUUGGGCAUAGCGAUGCAGAUGCAUUGCUCGAGCUAAUUCUCACAUAUCAGGCACUAGGUGCUGAUGAUGCAGUGGGUAACUGCUCUACUUCUGGCUGCGCUCCUCAGGGUGUUGAAGAAGAAGAAGAUGAUGAUGAUCUUGAUUUUGAGAAUUGGGAUGGCGACGAUGACGAUGUUGGUGGUAGAGGGACCAACUGUGAUGAUCCUGGUGAUGAGGAUUUUCUACAAGAGAUGUCACAGAAAGAUAAGAAGAUCAACUCAUUAGUAGACAUGGGUUUUCCUGAAGAUGAGGCAAAUAUUGCUAUUACGAGAUGCGGUGUGGAUGCUGAUCUCUGUGUAUUAGUUGAUUCGAUUAGUGCAUCACUGGUUGCAGGAGAUUUCAAUUCCAGAAACAUAUCUGACCAUCAGGUUAUGGAUAGAUGCUUUGAUUCGUUUGGAGGGAGAAAGAAAGCAAGAUUGAUGGAAGAGAGCAAGAAAAGGAGGAUGCAAUAUGCACAAGGCAGUGGAUCCUCCUUUGCUGGUAGCCAUGAUGAGCCAACGCGUAUCCCAGAUCCUAUGGUUGGAUUUAAUCUGCCCAGUGACAGAAAACCGUCAAUGACCAGAAUGCUUCCUGAACAAGCUGUCGGACCACCUUUUUUCUACUUUCAGAAUGUGGCCCGAGCUCCAAGAGGUGCAUGGACGACCAUUUCAAAAAAAUUCUACGACAUUCAACCAGAGUUUGUGGAUUCCAAGUAUUUUUGUGCAGCUUCAAGGGAAAGUGGGUACAUCCAUAAUUUGCCAAUUGAGAACAGAGAAGCUCUUCUCCCUUUCCCUCUAAAGACCGUAUUUGAUGCAUUCCCUCAUUAUAAGAAGUGGUGGCCUUCUUGGGACCCAAGAAGGCAGCUCAACUGCUUGCAAGCAAGUGUGGCAACUGCAAAGUUGACAGACCAGAUCCAGCGUACUCUUGCAAGAUCAGGCAACCCAAGUGUUCAGAAACAUGUGGUGGAUGAGUGCAAAACUUGGGAUCUUGUCUGGGUAGGGAAAAACAAGGUUGCUCAGUUGGAGCCUGAUGAGAUGGAAUCUCUGCUCGGUUUCCCAAGGGACCACACAAGGGGAGUCGUCAAGACAGAGAGGUACAAAUCUCUUGCGAACUCCUUCCAAGUUGAUACAGUUGCUUACCACCUAUCAGUGCUGAGGGACAUGUUUCCCAAUGGUGUCAAUGUGCUGUCCUUGUCCACCGGAAUUGGAGGAGGAGAGGUAGCUUUGCACAGGCUUGGGAUCCGCAUGAGGACAGUGGUGUCUGUUGAGGAAGGCGAAACUAAUAGGAGGAUUUUUGAGGGUUGGUGGGAUCAGACCCAGACAGGCAAGCUGGUUCAGAUUGCCAACCUGAAAUCUCUCACUAAUGAGAGAAUUGCAUCGUUAGUUGGUAGAUUUGGUUGCUUCGACUUGGUGAUUGGGGGCAGCCAAGGUGAGCAAUCUGCUUUGUUGUACGACUACCCCAGAAUCUUGGAUGCCAUCAAGUCAGCUAUGGCAAGGAUGUAGGCUAAGCAUCAUAGUACCUAUUCUGUCACUUAGUGCUUAUCUCUAGGAACCGCAGCUUCCCGCAGCUUCAUCUAUGUAAGGAUGUAGGCUAAGCAUCGUAGUACCUAUUCUGUCACUUAGUGUUUAUCUCUAGGAACCGCAGCUUCAUCUAUGUUUAAACAGUGAGGCGACGUGGUGGAUGUUUAUUUGCAAGAAAUGCCUUGUUUUAAGUAUCCAAAUUCUGUUUAGUGCUGGACAAACAAAUUUUGCCAUGCACUGCCUUACAUGAUGCUCUUGUUUGUCUGGCUGAGCUGUACAUGUCAUGUAACUGCUUCAGUUGUACACACUGCUAAGACUGGAAUUUGGUGUUUUACGUAGAGACAGAGACUUCUUUUGCUUA